AGUUUGACCGAAGUCAUAUGUCUCAGUACUGUACAUGUAGAAAGGUACUGGGUUUCUUUUUUCUAACGGAGGUAAAUAACAUUUUGGAAACGGUACGGAAACUUACUCAACAUGGGACUCUCUCUCGCCUCACUGGGAUAUGUUGGACAGCUUCAGGCGACAAGAACACCACGCGCCACAUUUAGUUGCCCUGCUUAAGUUAUUGCAGCAGACUAAUUGUGUGGAAACAUCUCUUUUUUUGCGGUGCCUGUUUCUUGGAAUAUUUCGUAAUUUCGUUUUUACCGUAUUCAGUCCGUUGACACCCAAGGAAGACAGCUGUUUGCCUUUCUGAAGAGAAAUGACAGAGCAGCACAUGACUGAAGGAGAGCAGUAGAAAGGUUUUCGCUCGGACCGAGAACACCUGACACAGUCCUCCUCCACCCUGUGCGCUCCCGCCGCCGGCAUGACCCUCGGCGCGGUGUCCGAAACCGACAGCUCGUCGGCGGUCAGCUUCUGCUCCUGCUGCGGGGCCAAGAUGGUACCUUACUUCAGCGACGACGCGGUGGUGUCCAAAAAUCAGAUCAACCAGCUUAUCAGUGAGAGUUUCCUCACAGUAAAAGGAGCAGCACUGUUCCUGCCGAGGGGAAAUAGCCCGACGCCGAACUCUGCACCUCAUAUCAGCCAGCGCAGGAACAAGCACACAGGUGACCUCCAGAAACAUCUUCAGACCAUGUUCACUGUGCUGCGGCCAGAGGACACCAUCCGACUGGCCGUGCGUCUGGAAAGCGCCUAUCCUCAGGUAACCCGCUACAUGGUGGUGGUCUCCACCAAUGGUAGACAGGACACGGAGGAGAGCAUCGUGCUCGGCAUGGACUUCGUCUCCUCUGAUAGCUGCUGUACCGUGGGUCUGGUUCUACCUCUGUGGAGUGACACUUUGAUCCACUUGGAUGGAGAUGGUGGUUUUAGUGUGUCGACGGUGAACAGGGUUCAUGUUUUCAAGCCGGUUUCUGUCCAGGCCAUGUGGUCAGCCCUCCAGUCACUCCACAAAGCAUGCGAGGUGGCCCGCUGCCAUAACCACUACCCAGGCAGCCUGUUUCUGACCUGGAUCAGCUACUACCAGAGCAGGGUCUCAUCCAACCAGUUCUGUAUCAACGAGUGGAACGCCAUGCAGGAUGUGGAGUCGCACCGUGCCAACUCACCAGUUCUCUUCACAGACCUGCCCACGGAGAGAGAGCGCACAGAGAGGCUCAUCAAGAUGCGCCUCAGAGAGAUCAUGAUGCAGAAAGACCUGGAAAACGUCACCUGUAAAGAGAUCCGAACAGAGCUGGAGAUGCAGAUGGUGUGUAACCUGAGGGAGUUUAAGGAGUUCAUAGACAAUGAGAUGAUCAUCAUCUUGGGACAGAUGGACAGCCCCACUGAAAUCUUUGAACAUGUCUAUCUGGGCUCUGAGUGGAAUGCCUCUAACCUGGAGGAGCUGCAGAACAGUGGAGUGGGCUACAUCCUGAACGUGACCAGGGAGAUAGAUAACUUCUUCCCGGGGAUGUUUGAGUACCACAACAUCAGAGUGUACGACGAGGAGGCCACCAACCUGCUGGAGUACUGGAACGAGACCUACAAGUUCAUCACCAAAGCCAAGAAAGCUGGUGCUAAGUGUCUGGUUCACUGUAAGAUGGGUGUGAGUCGCUCCGCCUCCACGGUGAUCGCCUACGCCAUGAAGGAGUACGGCUGGGACCUGGACACCGCCUUCGACUACGUUAAAGAGAGACGGGCCGUCACCAAACCAAACCCUUCCUUCAUGAAACAGCUGGAGGAGUAUCAGGGAAUUCUGUUAGCCAGCAAACAAAGGCAUAAUAAGCUAUGGCGCUCCCACUCUGAUAGCGACCUAUCAGAUCGGCCAGAGUCGAUGUGUAAGGCCUCCUCUCACUCUCUGGGCCGCUCCGACUCUCACAACAACAACACUUCCUCCCCUUCCUUACAUCACUUCCUGGGUGUGGCCGUGCUGCAAGCGCUCGCAGCUGAUCCCGAAGACUCGACUGCCAAAACAAACACCCCACACACCUCUGACUCAUGCGCAGACUCCAACGGUGUGUGUGACUCACCAGGUCAGGAGGAGGUCGGCUCAGACUGUGGAGACCCCCUCCUGCUGCCCCUUCCCAGACCCCGAGCAGCCACUGUAGUCCCAGAGGAGAGACUGGACAAUUCAGCCAGUGUGGCCGUCACUGUGCCUGUCGCUCUGCCCCACCCUCCACCUUCACUCCACAUAUUGCCUCCUACUCCUGAGCUCCAGCGGGCUCACCGGGGUCCUCCUACACAUCUGUCCAUUUCAGUGCCCAAACACAAACCCCUGGAGCUCUCCCUCAAUCUGGCUGAGCGUAGCAGCUCAGAAGAAGUCUCUCCUCUCACUCUGGGAUCCACCGACUCGGACAUAAUCGACCGAACGUUAUCAGAUUCAACAAGCGACAAACUCAGCUCCCUCAGCCCCGUUAACACUCCCCUCCCCCUGGGUCUUCCCCUCACCCCCAGCGAUGACAACAACAACCCCAGCGAGUUACAGAUAUGCGGCGCCUUGGAAAGCCGUGGCGAUGCCGACGGCUCGUCCAACCACAGCGCGGACAGCAUAGACUUCUUCAGUGCCAGGGAGAAGUUUCUGGGCCUGGCCCAAGAUGGCAGAUCCCGGACGCUUUCCGAGCAGACACAGCAAAGGACGCCUCUGUCACUCGAUGAAGAUGAGGAGGUUACGGAAGAUGAGGAGCAAGGGUACGGGACGAGUCAGGCUGAAGACAGUAAUCACCCUCACCAUGACAACGGUGUUUCAGUCCGCCAUAUUGUCACAGAGAUUGAAGCCAUAUGCCACCCGGCCUCCUGUCUUUCCACUCCCUCCUCUGCGUCACUGCCUUCAUCCUCCCAUAGCCCUCAGCUCAUCCGACCAGAGCACACGGUGGAGGCAGAGGCUUCUGAAGCCACUCACGGCUCUUUAACCCCACCUUCACACCCGCAGUCGCCCUCCAUGCUGCCGUGCGAUUUGCCGGCUGGCUCGGUGCGGCGGGCCACCAAGCAGCUGGAGCAGAAGCUGCGGCAGGAGAUGGAGAUGGCUGUGUGUCAGCGAUCUCCGCUGCAUUCCCCCAGCGCUGAACACCCUUCGGUCAGACUGUCCCCGUGUCCCCUGACUGCCGAACAUCCUGCCCCUCGCUUCCCUCAGAACGCCACAGAACUAAGGAUCACUCAGGGAGAGACCGCGGCUGUAUGUGCUGAGUCAGAAGACGAAGAGAAGCAUACAGGGUCACAAACAGAGCUUCACAGAUUCACCUCCUCAGGCACAGACAACCUCCCAGACCCUUCAUGCUCCCCUGACUCAAAUAUCAGCCCGGUCUCUGGUGCUAUACCUACCAUUGAUAGCCAUAUGCUGACAUCAUCACUGGCCUCUGCUAGUCAGUUAGAAGAAUCAUCUCUAGAUACCUCAGCCCAGCCCCAAAGACAGAGCCAGCUCCAAAACCUGCAGUGUCAGACCCUGCCUCAGGCCUGCUCAAACCAAAUGACUGUGGAUGGGGUGACAGUGCAGGAGUCAGAGACUGAUGACAUGCUGGAGUCCAGUUCCCCAGGAGGGCGAGGGGGCUGUGGCCCUGACUGUGAGGCCCAGAGCAGGCUGGCUCGUGGCAGCCAGGAGCUGGAGAGGAUUCAGCAGACACUGAGAGAACUGCAGGCUUUCCUCCACGAGGGCGUUAGUCUGGAGACAACAGACAGCCAAGACCAGGAACUAGGGCAGCCUCAGGGGCUGAGAGACGGUAUGGACACAGAGCCGGGGCCUUUUAAAGGGGCCAGUUCUGAACAGACCCCUUCAGGCGUGGAAGUAGGGCAGAGGCUCAGAGAGAGACAAGAUGGGAAGAGUUUUGCGGAGUCUGCAGGAUGGCACAGAGCCAUGGAGCUGGAGGCUCGUAUCCGCCAGGCAGGCCUCACCCCCCCUUCUCUCAUGAAGAGGUCGGCCUCUUUGGCUAAACUGGACUGUCUGGAGCUGUCGGCCAACGACCUCAGCGACCUGGACCUGAGGCCGCACACCAGGACGAUAUCCUCACACUCCCAAGACUCUUUCCCCACAUCCCUUUCUCACCACGACGACACCUGGAAGAAGCAGAAAGUUUUGACUCAAAACACUCGUGUCAAAAAGAACGGUUUGGGCGGGGGCGUGAACGAGUCAUCUUCGUCUCCGUCCCUCUGCCUCUCCUCCGUCCCUCAUUGUCAUCCAGGAGGUGACACGGGCGAGAGGGAGGAGCCGGACGGCGGCGGGAGUGGCGCGGCCACCGCAGCGCGUCAGCAGGGGAGGGGACACUCAUCAAGACGUUCUCGCAAAGCCGAGAAGAAGCAGCGAGCUGUCACUGUGCUAUACAAUACCAUGUAACCUCAGUGCAAUGGACUGGAAUGGACAUGACUGGAGCUGCGCAGAUGUGUCAGAGCAGCUGCAUGAUGUGUGUGAAUGUGUAGCAAGUAAACCGUAGACCUUGUGUAACAUCCGAUGUAUGCAUAGUGUGUAAGAAUUGAAUGGUGAUCAUAUGUUAGCAUGUAAACCACUGGAUGUGUUGUUUCAACUGGAGUUCAGGUUUGUAUGUACACUAAUGAAAUAUGAAUGUCCAAAGUCAGACUUUUUUUAAGAAGUGUUUGUUUUCAGUGUUUGACCCUCGUUGCCUGUUCAGAGUUUCUAAAACUACGAGAGGGGCUAUUUUCUCCAAACAUGCACUUUACUAUUUAGAUUAUUUUUCUUUUUCAUUUGUUUCUUACCCCGGGGAGGAUUCUUUUGCACUGUUCUCAGUCGACUGGUCUCUGUAUGUGUUUUUGUGUUCAAGGUGGACAGACAUGUCUUUAUUCAGAUUUUUAAUUAAACCAGGGCAAAGCUGAUAUCUUGUUUUUUAUUAUUAUUAUUUUAUUCAGUGCUUUAGCAGUAAAUAAAUAUGGUAAGUUUGUUUUGAAUGCA